GAGGGGGGAGGGGCGGAGCGUGGCAUCUGGCAGUAGUUCCGUCAGAGCGGACAUCUUGUGGCUGUGUCGUGCGCGUGAGCCCCGUAGGGCCGGGGAGGCACCAGCUGCCGCGCGGGGAGGAGGCCGAGGCCGCAGCUUGAGGGAGGCCCCGGCCCCUCUGCGCCUGUGUCUGGCACAGCCGGUGUGAGACGAAGAGACAAUCCUUCCCCGCCGCCCGGAUAAUCAAGAGUUUUGGCCGGACCUUUGAGCACACACCGAGAUAGUGAGGAGCCAGACGAAAAGCACAGACUAUGGCGCUGAAACGGAUUAAUAAGGAACUUAGUGAUUUGGCCCGUGACCCUCCAGCACAAUGUUCUGCAGGUCCAGUUGGGGAUGAUAUGUUUCAUUGGCAAGCCACAAUUAUGGGACCUAAUGACAGCCCAUAUCAAGGUGGUGUAUUCUUUUUGACAAUUCAUUUUCCUACAGACUACCCCUUCAAACCACCUAAGGUUGCAUUUACAACAAGAAUUUAUCAUCCAAAUAUUAACAGUAAUGGCAGCAUUUGUCUCGAUAUUCUAAGAUCACAAUGGUCUCCUGCUUUAACUAUUUCUAAAGUUCUUUUAUCCAUUUGUUCACUGCUAUGUGAUCCAAACCCAGAUGACCCUUUAGUGCCAGAGAUUGCACGGAUCUAUAAAACAGACAGAGAUAAGUACAAUAGGUUAGCAAGAGAGUGGACAGAGAAAUACGCUAUGUUGUAGGGUACAACAGAAUAUCUCGGGAAUGGACUCAGAAGUAUGCCAUGUGAUGCUACCUUAAAGUCAGAAUAACCUGCAUUAUAGCUGGAAUAAACUUUAAAUUACUGUUCCUUUUUUGAUUUUCUUAUCCGGCUGCUCCCCUAUCAGACCUCAUCUUUUUUAAUUUUAUUUUUUGUUUACCUCCCUCCAUUCAUUCACAUGCUCAUCUGAGAAGACUUAAGUUCUUCCAGCUUUGGACAAUAACUGCUUUUAGAAACUGUAAAGUAGUUACAAGAGAACAGUUGCCCAAGAUUCAGAAUUUUUUUAAAAAAUGGAGCAUGUGUAUUAUGUGGCCAAUGUCUUCACUCUAACUUGGUUAUGAGACUAAACCAUUCCUCACUGCUCUAACAUGCUGAAGAAAUCAUCUGAGGGGGAGGGAGAUGGAUGCUCAGUUGUCACAUCAAAGGAAGCAGCAUUAUUCUAGAAGCAUCCAUUUUGUUUAAACCUUCCACUGUUAGAGAUUUGAGGUUACAUGAUAUACUUUAUGCUCAUAACUGAUGUGGCUGGAGAAUUGGUAUUGAAUUUAUAGCAUCAGCAGAACAGAAAAUGUGAUGUAUUUUAUGCAUGUCAAUAAAGGAAUGACCUGUUCUUGUUCUACAGAGAAUGGAAAUUGGAAGUCAAACACCCUUUGUAUUCCAAAAUAGGGUCUCAAAACAUUUUGUAAUUUUCAUUUAAAUUGUUAGGAGGCUUGGAGCUAUUAGUUAAUCUAUCUUCCAAUACACUGUUUAAUAUAGCACUGAAUAAAUGAUGCAAGUUGUCAAUGGAUGAGUGAUCAACUAAUAGCUCUGCUAGUAAUUGAUUUAUUUUUCUUCAAUAAAGUUGCAUAAACCAAUGA